GCAGACGACGCUCACAUGCAAGAUCCGGAUGCUGCCCUCCACACAGAAGACGCGAGACUUCAUGCAGGUCUGUGAGCGCAGCGGCGCCGAAGCUAUCACCGUGCACCUGCGCCUGCGGCAGGAGCGCCCUGCCGAGCCUGCGCAUUGGGACGAGCUCUGUCGACUGUGGGAUGCCGUGCAGAUUCCGGUGCUGGCGAACGGCGACUUCUUCAAUCGUCGGCAAAUCGCCGAGUUCUGGAAGCACUGUGGCAAGGGCUCCGACGCGGCAGCUGGCUGCCCCGCAGGGGUGAUGAUCGCCAGGGGUGCGCUCUGGAAUCCGAGCAUCUUUUGUCGUGAAGGCUCGAGGGAGCCACCGGGCUUCGAGGAGAUGGUCCAAUCUUAUGUGCGCACAGCCGUGGCCACCAAUGCCAACUACCAAAACACGCCGGAGUGCCCAGAUGCAUUUCUACUACAAGUAACAAGCAAAACCUGA